UGACAGCCUCCCUCUCACCUGACAGGUUCACGUCUCUCUCUCUUAGUGACAGCCUCCCUCUCACCUGACAGGUACACCGGCUCUCUCACUCUCCCUUAAACAGUGACAGCCUCCCUCAGUGGCAGCCUCCCUCAGUGGCAGCCUCCCUCUCACCUGACAGGUUCUCUCUCUCAGUGCCUCUCCCUCAGCGCCUCUCAGAGUAUCUCUCCCCGGAUAGAGAGCAUGGUGCUCGGCUCCCUCUCCUCCGUGCUCCGCCGCCGCUCCUGUGAGCUGGUCUGGCUGGUGUGUUUCCUCCAGGUCUCCGUCAUCCUCUUCUACAGCCACCGCUCUCUGUACCCCCCGUGGGGCCAGAACCAGCAGGACGACCCCUCCAUCCAGAACCAGCAGGACGACCCCUCCAUCCAGAACCAGCAGGAAAACACGGCCAAGAGGAACCAGGACCGACCCGCCGACCCCCCCCGCGGAGAGGAGGCAGGAGAGCCCGGGGAUAAAGGACAGAACCCCGGGGGGGAGGCAGUGGGUCCCGGGGGGAAGGAGCUGCAGCAGUGCCCUGGAACAGCCCCCCUGCUGGUGGGUCCCCUCCGGGUGGAGUUCAGCUCUCCGGUGAAAGAGGAGCUGAUAAAGAAGGAGAACCCCGCCCUGCAGCCGGGGGGGCGCUUCAGACCCAGAGACUGUGUGGCGCAGCAGAAGGUGGCCAUCAUCAUCCCUUUCCGCAACCGAGAGGAACACCUGAAGUUCUGGCUGUACUACCUGCACCCCAUCCUGCAGAGACAGCAGCUGGACUACGGGGUGUACGUCGUCAACCAGGACGGAGAGGGCACCUUUAAUCGAGCGAAGCUUAUGAACGUGGGCUACGCCGAGGCUCUGAAGGACUACGACUACGACUGCUUCGUGUUUAGCGACGUGGACCUGAUCCCCAUGGACGACAGAAACACCUACAGGUGCUUCAGCCAGCCCAGACACCUGUCCGUCUCCGUGGACAAGUUCGGAUUCAGGUUACCCUACGCUCAGUGCUUUGGAGGCGUGUCCUCGAUGAGCAAAGAGCAGUUCCUGAAGAUCAACGGCUUCCCCAACAACUACUGGGGCUGGGGGGGGGAGGACGACGACAUCUUUAGGAGGUUCUCAUAUAAAGGAAUGAGCAUCUCCCGGCCUAGUGGCGAGAUCGGGAAGUAUCGGAUGAUCCGGCACAACAGAGACAAGAAGAACGAGCCCAACCCUCAGAGGUUUGGCCAGAUCGCUCACACGCUAGAGACCAUGUCCUCAGACGGGAUCUCUUCCCUCUCCUAUUCGCUGGUGAAGAAGGAGAAGCUGGACCUCUACACCCGGAUCCAUGUGGACGUGGGGGGGCCGUAGGUCAGCUGACCAAUGUGGGGGACGGGCCCCGAGGACUGGGCUCUGAUUGGAUGCUGCUGUGACACUUCCUGAACCAGACUUUGACUUUGAGAAUGUGAUCCGGAUGGAUUGGAUCUCCUCUCAGGAAAGACCUCACAAAGCAUCGACUCUUUUUAUUGAUGGUGUUAGUUUGGAUUGAUCUGGGCAUCCUUUUGGUUCUAAAUUCAGAUCAAAAUGCAGAAGUAGUUUGAAACCCGCGAGGAAACACACAUGAUGCUGCGAUCAGAGUCGAAUGCCUCCCGUGUGAAUGCACAAAAACUAUUUUUUAUAUUUGAUCUCUUUUUACAUAACGGAGGAUUGAAACAGCAGAAACAAAAUGUGUCCACACGUGUUUGCUGUGUUGUGAAUAAAUACACUUUUAUUGUACGUUAAUAAGUCCACAGGGCGAGAAAUAAAAACAUGAAGACAUGAA